GUUGGUCAAAGCUCUACAAACCAUAAUGACUUCAACAAGUAAAGCAAUUGAAUUGCAACUUCAAGUGAAACAAAAUACAGAAGAAUUACAAGAUUUUAUGAGAGAUUUAGAACAUUGGGAAAAAGACAUUAAGCAAAAGGAUAUGGAACUCAGAAGACAGAAUGGGGUUCCUGAAGAGGACAGUGUCCUGGAUGAGCUUGACAAAGAAGACAGUACUCGGGAUUCUGUGUCUCCAGAAUCAGAGUCAGAAGAAGAUGGAAUUCACGUAGACUCACAAACGGCUCUUGCUUUAAAAGAAAAGGGCAAUAAAUACUUCAAACAAGGAAAAUAUGAUGAUGCCAUUGAAUGCUACACCAAAGGCAUGCAUGCUGAUCCUUAUAAUCCUGUGUUACCAACAAACAGAGCAUCAGCAUACUUUAGAUUGAAAAAGUAA